AUCUUAAAUUAACCCAUUUCUAUUAAUCUAUAAGUUGCCACGUGGCUUGUGGCUUACCAGUACCUUACAUCUCGCUUGUCAUGGUGGCGGCUGGCAGCAUCUCUCUGCCUCAGCCUUCCACUUCCCAGAAUUCUCUUCUCUGCUUGUCCCUCCUAUACUUCCUGCCUGGCUACUGGCCAAUCAGCAUUUUAUUUAUACAAAGCAAUAGCCACAGCACUGCACCAUAAUGAUAUAUUUUUUCCAAUUAGAAUUUUCUGUUUUAUUGUAGAAAUGUGACAGUAAUCAACCCCCAUCCCACCAUCACUCAUUCCUCCAAAUAUCUUAAAGUGAAUGUGUUUGAGGUAAAAUUUAGUCAUAAAGGGUUGCAAUAAUAUUUUAUAACUUUUCAUUAUAGUUUUUAAGUGUAGUAAAUAUUUGAAUCAGAAAUAUAGUCAAGGUUUUUUUCAAUGAUACUUAUAUUUUUGGUUCACUUACUGUUUGUUCAGCUAAUGAGCAGGUGAAAUGAGUAUGAAAGAAAUAAGUGUCUAUCAGCAAACCCGAGCGCUUCUGCACAAGAAUCUGCUCAAGAAAUGGAGAAUGAAAAGAGAGAGCUUCUUGGAAUGGAGCAUCCCAAUUAUUAUAGGACUGUAUAUGGGUCUGUUUUCAUAUAUCAAAGUAAAUAGACAAGUCCCCGAAAUCCCGCCUCAGGAUCUUGGAAGUUUAGAUGCAUUUAAUGGAUCUUCUAUAGUGGUUGUAUAUACACCAAUCUCUAACAUAACCCAACAGAUAAUGAAUAAAACAUCUUUUGCUUCCUCUAUGAAAGGGACAAGAAUCAUUGGGGUUCCAAGUAAAAAUGACUUGGAUGAAGUGCUUCUGAAGAAUAUUCCCCAUGCUCUUGGAAUCAUAUUUAACAACACUUUUUCUUACAAGUUAGAGGUAUUUCUAACGCAUGGAAAUCCAUUUUUGAAAGAAGACUUAUUAGCUCAUUGCUGGGAUGUAUAUGAUGGUGUUUCAUGUUCAUUGUCCAGAUACUGGAAAAGAGGAUUUGUGCCUUUACAAAGUGCCAUCAAUGCUGCUAUUAUAGAAAUCACAACAAACCACUCUGUGAUGGAGGACUUGAUGUCUGUUAAUGCAAUAAAUAUGAAGACAUUACCUUUUAUUACUAAAGAUGUUUUUCAAUAUGAAGUUUUUAUUCUAUUCUGCUUGCUUUAUUUCUCCUCAUUCAUAUAUUUUGUAUCACGUAAUAUUACUACAGAGAGGAAAAAGUAUAAGGAAUUGAUGAAAAUAAUGGGUCUACAAGACUCAGCAUUCUGGCUGUCCUGGGGCUUAAUCUAUGUUGGCUUCAUCUUCAUUAUUUCCGUACUCAUUGCAGUUAUCAUAACAACUGCUCAAAUUGUAGUGAUGACUGGCUUCCUCGUCAUAUUUACACUCUUUUUCUUAUAUGGAUUAUCUUUGAUAGCUGUCACUUUCCUGGUGGCUGUUUUGCUACAGAAAGCUAUCCUCACCAAUCUAAUCGUAUUUCUCUUUACCUUCCUUUGGGGGUGUGUGGGGUUCACUGUACUUCAUAAACAACUCCCCACAUCUCUGGAAUGGAUUCUGAGCAUUUGCAGCCCAUUUGCCUUCACCUCUGGGAUGGCUAAGAUUAUCUCCCAGGAUUAUAACUUGAAUGGUGUAGUAUUUCCUGACUCUUCAGGAGAAUCAUAUAAAAUGCUAGUGACAUUUUCCAUAUUGGCUUUUGAUGGUUUUAUCUACUUGGUUCUGGCAUUGUAUUUUGACAAAAUCUUGCUCUAUAGGGAUGAACGCCGUCAUUCUCUACUGUUUUUCUUGAAUUCAUCAUCUUGUUUUCGACAAAAGACUAGUAGUAACAAGGUCAUUGAGAGAGGGAUAGACUCUGAGCUUCCUUCAGAUGAUUAUUUUGAGCCUGUGGCUCCAGAAUACCAAGGAAAAGAAGCCAUCAGAAUAAGAAAUAUUAAAAAGGAAUAUAAAGGGAAGUCUGGAAAAGUGGAGGCUUUGAAAGGCUUGUUCUUUGAUAUAUAUGAAAGUCAAAUCACAGCAAUUCUGGGCCACAGUGGAGCAGGAAAAUCUUCAUUACUAAACAUCCUCAGUGGAUUAUAUGUUCCAACAGCAGGAUUAGUCACAGUCUAUAAUAAAAAUCUCUCUGAAAUGCAAGACUUGAAGGAAAUCAGAAAGAUAACUGGUGUCUGUCCUCAACAUAAUGUUCAAUUUGAUGCACUCACUGUGAAGGAAAACCUCACCCUCUUUGCUAAGAUAAAAGGGAUUCUUCCACAGAAUGUACAACAAGAGGUACAACAAAUUAUAUUGGAAUUGGACAUGCAAAAUAUUCAGGAUAACCUUGCUGAACAUUUAAGUGAAGGACAGAAAAGAAAGCUCACCUUUGGGAUUGCCAUUUUAGGAGAUCCUCAAAUUUUGCUCUUAGAUGAACCAACUGUUGGACUGGAUCCCUUUUCGAGGCAGCGCGUGUGGAGUUUCCUGAAGGAACGCAGGGCAAAUCGUGUGAUCGUCUUCAGCACUCAGUUCAUGGAUGAGGCAGACAUCCUUGCUGACAGAAAAGUGAUCAUGUCCAACGGGAGUCUAAAAUGCAUGGGUUCUUCUGUGUUUCUGAAGAGAAAAUGGGGUCUUGGAUAUCACUUAAGUUUGUUUAUGGAUGAAACAUGUGAUUCAGAGCAGAUAGCAUCCUUCAUCAAUCUUCACAUCCCUGACGCUAAACUAAAAGCAAAAACCAAAGAACAGCUUGUGUACAUUUUGCCUUUGGAAAGGACAAGCAAGUUUCCAGACUUCUUCAGAGAUCUUGAUAAAUAUUCUGGCCAGGGCUUGAUGAAUUAUGAAGUUUCCAUGUCAACUCUGAAUGAAGUCUUCAUGAAUCUGGAGGGAGAAUCAACUACCAAACAAAACUUUGGGAAAAGAGAAACAAGAAGAGACUCAGAAAGCUUAAAUGAAAUGGAGCCAGCUUGUCCUUCUCUUUCUGAAGUACAGAAGACUGUGAGUGUCAUGAGCCGCUGGAGAAUGCAGGUCUGUGCAAUAGCACGGCUUCGCAUCCUAAAACUGAAACGAGAGAGAAGAGCAUUUUUGACCUUUCUGUUGAUUCUUGGAAUUGCACUGUUCCCAUUGAUUAUGGAAAAGAUGGCUUAUGCUGUGACAGUGCAAAAAAACAACUGGGAAUUUAAACCAGAAUUGUAUUUCCUGUCCCCUGGACAACUCCCUCAGGGUCUGCGAACGAGCCUAUUGGUCAUCAACAACACAGAAUCAAAUAUUGAGGAUUUCAUACAGUCACUGAAGCAUCAAAACAUAGUUUUGGAAGUAGAUGACUUUGAAAACAGAAAUGGUACUGAAAGCCUCUCAUACAACGGAGCUAUUAUAGUUUCUGGGAGACAAAAGGAUUACAGGUUUUCAGUUGUGUGUAAUACCAAGAGGCUACACUGCUUUCCUAUCCUAAUGAAUAUCAUCAGCAAUGGGCUCCUUCAUAUGUUCAACCAUUCACAGUAUAUUAGAAUUGAGGAAGCUAUUUUUACAUCAGGCCUGGUGAUAUUCAGGUUUGGGAUAAUGGAUGGUUCCCUGUUCUUGCUGUUUGUUGCAUGCAGCAUUUCGCCACAUAUUGCCAUGAGUAGUGCCAGUGAUUACAAAAGGAAAGCCGAUUCUCAGCUUUGGAUUUCUGGCCUCUACCCUUCUGCCUACUGGUGUGGGCAGGCAGUGGUGGAUGUUAACAUCUUCGGCGUAAUUCUUCUCUCAGUCUACUUCACAUUAUACAUGAUAUAUAUGAUGCACAUUUACUUGACAAGUGAAGUUGUGCUAUGUAUAGGUGUUCUUUCAUUCGGUUGUGCUGCUUCUCUUGUCUUCUUGACACAUGUGAUAUCAUUUGUUUUUGGCAAAAGGAGAAAAAACAGUGGCCUCUGGUCAGUUGGCUUCUUUGUUGUCUUUAUCAUCAUAUUUGACAUCCUUUUUAAUUUUGGCUUCAGCGAAACACUGUUAAUUACCAUCAUGACAUUAGUGCCUUCAUUCUCAUUGACUACAUUCCUGAUUGUUUUGCAAAUGAAAGCCUACCAGCACUAUGAAGAAUUUGGAGAAAUCAAAUAUGGUUUAUCUGGGGCUGAUUAUCUGUUAUGCCUAAUACCGUACUUUCAUGCUUUGCUGUUCAUUUUUGUUCUGAGAUGUCUGGAACUUAAAUGUGGGAAGAAUGUAAUACAGAAAGAUCCCAUUUUCAGGAUAUCUCCACAAAGUCUAAGUGUUCAACUAAAUCCAGAGGAAUGGAUAGGUGAAGAUGAAGACGAAGAUGUUCAAGCAGAAAGAAUAAGGACGUCGGCUGCCUUGAGCACUUCAAAUUCAAAUGAGAGACCAGUCAUAAUUGCUAAUGGUCUGCACAAAGAGUACGCAGGACAGAAGAAAAAUUGCUUUUCAAAGAGGACAAAGAAAGUAGCAGCAAGAAACAUCUCUUUUUGUGUUAAUAAAGGUGAAAUUUUGGGAUUGUUAGGACCCAAUGGUGCUGGUAAAAGUUCCUCUAUUAGAAUGAUAGCUGGGAUCACAAAGCCAGCAGCUGGAGAGGUGGAACUGAAAGGAUUUAGCUCAGCUGUGGGUUUCCAUGGUGAUGGCACAGUCAAGUUUGGAUACUGUCCUCAGGAGAACGUGCUGUGGCCCAUCCUGACAGUGAAAGAGCACCUGGAGCUGUAUGCUGCUGUUAAAGGGCUGAGGAAGGAGGAUGCUGUCAUUGCCAUUUCAAGAUUAGUGAAUGCUUUUAAACUACAUGACCAGCUGAAUGUCCUAGUGCAGAAACUAGCUGCAGGAGACACUAGAAAGCUGUGCUUUGUGCUGAGCAUCCUGGGAAAUUCAUCUGUCCUGAUUCUGGAUGAACCCUCUACAGGCUUAGAUGUGUCUGGGAAGCAGCAAAUGUGGCAGGCAAUCCAGGCAGCUGUUAAAGACAAGGAGAAGGGUGUCCUCUUGACUACCCAUGACCUGGCUGAGGCUGAGGCUCUGUGUGACCGAGUGGCCAUCAUGGUGUCUGGAAGGCUGAGAUGCAUUGGUUCAAUCCAGCACCUGAAAAAGAAGUUUGGCAAGGAUUACAUUCUAGAACUAAAAGUGAAUGAAACUUCUCAAGUGCCAUUAGUCCAUGGGGAGAUUCUGAAACUGUUCCCACAGGCCGCACAUCAGGAAAGGUAUUUCUCCUUGUUGACCUACAAGCUACCCAUAACAGAUGUUUAUCCUCUGUCUCAGGCCUUUCAUAAACUAGAAGCAGUGAAGAAUAGCUUUAACCUGGAAGAAUACAGCCUCUCUCAGUGUACACUGGACAAAGUAUUUUUAGAACUUUCGAAGGAACAGGAGCUGGGAAGUGUUCAUGAAGAAGCUGAUACAAGUGUGAGAUGGAAGCUCCUCCCUCAUUUAGAUGAACUGUAAAGUCUCAGACCUAAUUGUUCUGUUAUCCUACAAACUUACGUUUUAUAUAGUAUUUUAUAUAGUAAUUAACAGGUUUAAUAAUUUCAAAGAUGUUUUUAUAUCAGUGCUAUACAUAUUUUACCUGCUUAGCCAACUACAAAAUAAAAUUUGUAAUAAUCCAUGCCCUAAAACUUAGAGGCCAUAAGGAAAUACAAAAUACUAGUAAAGUACUGUGGAAACAAAACUACAAACUCAAUUUUAAAAAAUAUUAAUUUGUAACAAUUAUUAGAACAUUGACUUGCUGAAAUAGGUGAGGAGUAUGUUCAGUAGCCAUUAGCUGCAUGGGAACUUCAUGAUGGUUUAUAAAUACAAAAUUUAUGAAUUUUCUUUCUUUAAAUUUAAUUUUAUUUAAUUAACAUUUUUCAGUUAUUUUACAUACCAACCACAGUUUCCCCUCCCUCCUCUCCUCCCGUUCCCCCUCACACACUGCCAUCUACCACCCUCAACAUCCACUCCUCCUUCUCCAUUCAGAAAGGAGCAGUCCUCCCAUAGGCUUGAACAAAGCAUGACACAUCAAGUUGAGGUAGGACC